AUGGUGAUUUCUACUUCCAAAAUUGUGUUAUCACUCUCAAUGUUGAUAACUAUUGUUGUUUCUUUUCAAGUUACAAAUGGUGUGAAGAAUUUAAGGGCUCCAUGGACUCCAAACAGAGUAUACAUUUCCAUUACCAACAACAUAACUAGUCCUCAACUCGGUGUUAAUUGUAAAGAUAAAAACCAUGAAAUCGGUUUUCGAUCAUUGAAAUUUGGAGAAACUUACACAUUUGAUUUUCAGCCUAAGCCUAUUAUUAGAGCAUCUUUAUACUUUUGUCGAUUUACAUGGGGUAAUGAAUUUCAUUACUAUGAUAUUUAUGUUGAAUUUAGGGAUCACGAUGUAUGCAGCAAAUGUAAUUGGAAGAUAAAUAAAUCAGGACCAUGUAGGACAACUGAGGCAUCUGAUACAUGUUAUCCUUGGAAUCCUAAACAAGUUAUAGAAGGGAGAGUUGAAGAGAAUAAUACUACUCUUAAUCUUAAUGUGUAA